CUUUCAGGUAUCUCCUCUCUAAAGUUCAAGUCCAGCCAUGCUUCCAGGUGAAUUCACAGGAAUCCACUAUAUGGCUCCUGAGAAUCCAACUCCCUUUCCUGCCAACUUCGGCAUGACGUAUGGCAACACGCCAACCCUCCAUUUUGGUGGAUAUUUAAGCAACCUAACCACUUCUCAGAUCCCUCCUAUUCAUGAAUUCACCCCACAGUCGUCAAGCCUGAGCAAUAACUCUACUUCAGAUGAAGCCGAGGAGCAUCAACUCAGCAUCAUAGAUGAAAGGAAGCAGAGAAGAAUGAUAUCUAAUAGAGAAUCUGCUCGCAGGUCAAGGAUGCGGAAACAGAAGCACCUGGAUGAGCUCUGGUCGCAGGUCGUCCGUCUCAGAAAUGAGAAUCACAGCCUCAUAGACAAGUUGAACCAUGUGUCGGAGUGCCAUGACCGGGUUCUUCAAGAGAAUGUGAGGCUCAAGGAAGAAGCUUCUGACCUCCGCCAAAUGCUUACGGACCUCCGAAUAGGCAGUCCUUACACCACGUUGAGAGAGUUGGAGGGGGUUUCCUGCAACACAGCCCAUCUCAGAGCUGAGUCCUCCAACCAAUCCAUCACUAGCUCCAUAGACCUGCUUCAUUGAGAUUGGCCGGGGUUGCCUUUUUCCUAUUUACUACUUUUAUGUUCCUUCUGUUACUAUGACUAUGACUAUGAGUGCUAGCUAAUGAGUCUUUGCCUUCACUCCCAUCUGUAUGAGAGAUCUAAAAACAGAUUACAAUAACAGCUUUUAACCAUCAUUUUCCAA